GGUGUCGCUGAUGACGCUGGCUGACUGUACUCUUGGCUGUUUCAAUGAGGGCUCUUUUACCUGUGAAACUACGAGCACUCAGUUAGACAUGUAUUGACAAUAUCUCAGGGUUUUUACCAAAAAGGCGUUUGUCGUUUGCUGCGAUAACCCGACUGCUCCCAAUAAGCCGUCAAAAUGAUGCGGUUUAUGCUUCUGUUCAGCCGGCAGGGGAAGCUUCGGCUCCAGAAAUGGUACACAGCUACUGCUGAGCGUGACAAGAAAAAGAUGGUCAGGGAACUCAUGCAGGUCGUGCUGGCCAGGAAACCAAAAAUGUGCAGCUUCCUUGAGUGGAGAGAUCUAAAGAUAGUGUACAAGAGGUAUGCCAGCCUGUAUUUCUGCUGCGCAGUGGAGGAGCAGGACAAUGAGCUGAUUACUCUGGAGGUCAUCCAUCGCUUUGUGGAGCUGCUGGAUAAGUACUUUGGCAGUGUUUGUGAGCUUGACAUCAUUUUUAACUUUGAGAAAGCAUACUUUAUACUGGAUGAGUUUCUUAUGGGAGGAGAAAUUCAGGACACGUCCAAGAAGAGUGUACUCAAAGCCAUCGAGCAGUCCGACCUACUUCAAGAGGAGGAUGAGUCACCCAGGAGUGUCCUAGAGGAGAUGGGUCUGGCCUAGUACUAGUUUCCAAUUCAGUCAAAACAUAUGGUAAAUGUUGGUACUGCUACAACACGUGGGCUUAUAAAGGGAGUAUACGUUUAAUGGGUCAAAAGGAGAUGGUCAGAUGAUGCAAAUUAAAGAGGGGAGGUGGGAAUCAUUUUAGUACUACUGAGAUCAGCAUGUGAUUGUAUUUCUAUUCCAACUAGUUUUGUCUUUACAUUUUAUAAUGGCUGCAUUCAGCCAGAUGUCCUCUCAUUUUUAAGAGAUGCUACAGAACAUGAAAUUGUAGAUAGACACUUAAAACUAACGGCAAAGGGAGACUGUACAGGUUUUAAUCUACAUUGAGCCUUGCCAUUUUAACCACAGUUCAUACAAUCUCAGCCUUUAAUUUAUUUAAAAAGAUGAUUUAUUGUUCAAAUGUGUAACUGGUCUGCUUUAGAAAGACUGCCUGUAGUAGAAACUCAAUUUAAAUCUUCCUAAAUGUCAUUACUAUAUUUACUGUAGCUGCUCAGGAAACCAUGGGCCAUGUGGCUUUCUUUUUGUGUAAGAUGCAAAUAUUUUUCUUGUACUACUUUAAAUGUAUUGCCAUUGCAACUCACAGACCACACAUCGAUAUUUUGUUAAGUUAUUUUAAUGGGUCAAUAUUAGGAAUGUACAGAAAAUUAACCAAAUUGAAAGAAUAUUAAAUAGACUAUUUAAAUGGCUAGAAUACUGAAUAGACUGUUGUGCAUUCGGGUUUAUCCGUCUUAGCCACAGUAGUAAAAUUUCUCAGUGUGUUACGUAUUGCGGGGACAGGGCACAUAACCAAAUGUCACUGCAACUCCUUCCUGUUUAUCCUAAUCUAUACCUUGCUUUCCAAAGACACGUUUUUGACUGUAAGCUUUGAGAUGAAGAGAAAUAAAUAAGGGAGUCAUUGUAGCUUGUUCCGGAUAACAAAAGAGGGCUUUGAUAAUGAGUGUGGUGUAUUUACAUAUCUUUUUAAACGUGGUUUGAAAUAAGGGGAUAUUUUGAGAACUUAAUUUUUUUAUCAAUUUCAUAAUUAAGCAUGAGGGCAUGUUUUACCUGUGUAAAAUCUGUCAGGUAACUAAAACAGAAUUGUUUGUGAAAGUAAUUUUAUAAUUAAAAUCGAGUUUUACCCUAAACUUUGGAGUAUGUCAAGUUUCCUUCUUCUGUAAAAUAAACGCAUCAUUCAAUGACUUCA